GCAGUUCUGUAAAAGGGGUACCCACUCUCCCAGCACUGCUCUGGGCCUGUCACCGGGGGAGAGCUGGCGGAGGGCACCCGACAUGCCACAGUGUGCAGAAAUGAAGGGGCUUCAUCUCAGCAAAGGACAGCCGCAGAAAGAGAAAUGGUCCUUCCAGAACAUGGAGGAAGUCAACAGGGCAGCCAGCUGUCUUCUCCGAGUAGCCAUGCUUAAUGAGCGAUCCAAGAGAUGGACAAAGGUGAUGGAGAGCUACAAACAGUUGCUGUGGUUGGUGGAUAAGAGUCAUUUUCCCAAGGACUAUGAACCUCCCUCCUCGUACGCCAUGUUGACAUAUGAGCUGCACAGUCAUCUGGCAGUGGCUCUGCAGCGAAUGGGUCAACACAGGGAGGCUGUCAACCACCUCACAAGCGCCAUCAAAGUCGUGUCCAUACCCAAGGGUGGAUGUCUGGCUGGCUGUGUGACCAAUUCCUGUUUGAUGACACCGGUCUACGCUCGACGAGCCUUUGCUUACGCAAGGCUGGGUGAGGUCAGAAACGCUCUGCGUGAUGCUGAGAAGUCUGUAGUUCUCGACAGCCAAAACCCUGAUGUGUACUGUAUACGGGCACUUGUCAGAGGAUCACGUGAGGAAGAGGCGUUGGCAAUAAAGGACGCGGACUUUGCCCUGAAACUGAACCCUAGUCACUUAUGCGCCUUGGUCAUUCGUGGAGCCCUUAGUCGGACACUGGACAGCGAAGAUAAAAAGGGAAAAAACAUUUAUCAGCUAAAGGCGGAAAAGCUGAACCCCGAGUCACAGACAUUUAACACUGUUGGCGACUUCCAUCAUCCGCACAUCUUAGACUUCUAUGACAGAUACCUGUUUACUCUCAGCGUUCCACACACCAUGACAGAGAUCAACCUGACCCCAGACAAACCCAGCAAGCAGCAGAUGGAUUUGAACCCCGAGUUCUACAGUCGCUGCACUUCCCGCGCAAGUUCACGCCCAACCAGCCACCGGUCCGAACGUGCGGUCAGCGAACCAUUUCGGUGCGGGGCGCCAUCUGCUGGCCACAACAUGGCGUCCGCCAGGCGCAGGCGUGAUUACGGUGCGGCUGUGAGGAGGUUUCUGGCCAAGCCUCAGACGGCGGAGGAAUACAUAGCCAGUCUAGAAAAAGAAAGACAAAAGCACAACAAACCGCAGCCUCCUCCGACACCAUCGCUAGCACCACGACAUGUCUCGUCCCCCGAGGUCAGCAGCGACACUGGCGUCAUGACAGCUUCCUCGGCCUCCUCCCCCUCCUCCUUAUCCAAGCCUCUCAAAGGGAUGGGGACCUCCCAGCAAUCCUCCCUGUUCUCGGCCAGCCACGUGACCUGCUCGGCGCUCAGUUCCUCCUGCACAGAAGGACCGUCUCAAAGGACAGGGGUCGGAGCAGACGUGUGCACGAGGGCGCAGUCGGGAAGAAGCACGAGAACCUGUUCCACGAAGACGUUUGUCUUUCAGACCCCAGACAACUACACCAUUCCUGUCUUUCAGCCAAUGAACAUAAAAGAUGCCCCACGCAUGUAUUACAGGCCAUGGAAGGGAGACAAACUUCCGGUCGCAGACGCACCGCGACCGCAAACGUCACCGCCUUUCUACUGAGUUAUUGAAAUCUGAAGCUUAUUGUACUUACUGUACAGCUUGUUCGCGGUAUCUCAGAGUAUAACGACUCUUUGUUCAUGGUAUCAGCUGUAGUUUACUUUCUGUGACAAAGGAUAUUAAUAAUAUCGGUUUCUAUAAUUAUUUACUCAUUAAUUUUCCCCUCUCAGUAGUAAUGUUCCUGAGUUUUAGGAAAAAAUCCGAAUACUGGCGCCUUGGAACCGGGCCCGUAGGUGAUAAUUAGGGUUGAACUCCUGCUACUCAUAACAUAAUCUUGCAGGGGAACAAUAUGUACAAUAAUCACUCGUCAGUCGCUCCCAGUUUCCACUACACGGCUCACGAGCCCCACCCCUGGUCUUCCCCGAACACAAGAAAUAACGACUUGUGAUUUCAAGCACGUCUGCCUAUUAAACAUAGUCUAAAGAUGACCCGGUGUUAUCCCAGUAACUUUGGAAUAGUUGUAUACAACAAGAUGUAAGUGACAUGUAGUGGAGAAAGCCAAAAUAUUGAAUAAAUACUCAAACUAUUUUUGUCGCAGGCCCACGAAUAAUGUAAAAUCUAAAAUAACCCUACCAAAGAGGCUGUCCAAAUUGCAUUAUAGAAAUCCAGGGGAUUAAAAACUCCCUUUCGCAUCUCUAAAUAUUGUUUGGUGUGAAUUCUCCGUGUUGCAUCACCAUGGAGGGAUAGGAUUGUGAAGCCCUGCAGUAACCCCCAUGAAUGACUGCAGCAUCUCUCUUGCGAACUUCCACGAGAACAAUAAAUGAAAGUGUCUCA